UAGGUAGAUCUGCCCAGGGGCGGAGACAACGGCCAGGGAGAGAGCCAGAGAGAGGACACAAAUAAUACGGGGAUUGACUCGGUCAGCUUCUUCCCUCACCUCCCACCCAUUCUUGACCAACAUCAUCUUCCUUUUCUUAUUCUCUAUUUCCUCUCUACAGUUCCAGUUUCCCUUAUACUCUUCCAUACCAAAAAAAAACCCCAUCAUCAUGUCUGACCUCAACCCCCUCAGCGGCGGCAACUUCGUCCACAACAACCAGCGCUGGGUCGAUGGCGGUUCCAUCCUGAAGCGCUUCUCCCUCGCCGGCAAGACCGCCAUCAUCACCGGCGCCGGUGCCGGAAUCGGUUAUGCCGUGGCGCAAGCUUACGCAGAGCUCGGGUGUAACUUGGCUCUUUUCUAUUUCACCAACACCAAGACUCCUGAGCGCGCCGAGGGUCUGGCCAAGCAGUACAGCAUUCAGUGCAAAGCCUACCAGGUCGACGUGCGAGAUGCCGAGGCCGUCGAAAAGACUGUUGACCAGGCCGUCCAGGACCUCAACGGUCGCCUCGACAUCUUUGUCGCCAACGCCGGCAUUCCCUGGACCAAGGGCGCCAUGGUUGACGGCCCUCUCGACCACUACCGUGAUGUCGUCCAGACCGACCUCGACGGCACCUACUACUGCGCCAAGGUCGCGGCCAAGCACUGGCGCCGUCAGAAGAACGAGGGCACCACUCUCUCUGGCGAGCCCUUGACAAGCUACACCUCUGGAAGCUUCGUCGCCACUGCCUCCAUGAGCGGCGGCAUCGUCAACAUUCCCCAGCUCCAGGCUGCUUACAAUGCCGCCAAGGCUGGUGUUAUCCAUCUCGUCAAGAGCUUGGCUAUCGAGUGGGCCCAGUUCGCCCGCGCCAACGCCAUCUCCCCUGGUUACAUCAUGACCGAGAUCUCCAACUUCGUCCCUCAAGAGACCAAGGAGAUGUGGCAUGACAAGAUUCCUCUGGGUCGCGAGGGCGAGCCUCACGAGCUUCAGGGUGCCUACGUCUACUUGGCCUCUGAUGCUUCCACCUACGCUACCGGAGCCAACUUCGUUGUUGACGGUGGCUACUCUGCCCCUUGAAUGCCGGACUGGCAAAAGUCACCGAUUUACAGUGCACAUGUCUCACAUUGUAUAGAGGGUGCAUACGCGCGAUAGAAAAACGCCAUCAUGAUAUAUAUGAGCUUACCAGGGGCAAUAACGAGAC